CUUCCCUUGAAUUUUGACAUCCGGGGAACUGUUGGCAAGCAAGAACGCCUCGUGAACUCUUUGUUGAUUGGGAUGUUAAACUAAAAAACUACUCAGCGGGCACCUUUACAAGAUCAGCCGGCCAUGUCUGACACCAAGGAUGAGAAAGGGGAAGAGCAGCAGAAGGUGUAUGGUGGCUGCGAGGGACCCGAUGCCAUGUACGUUAAGUUGGUGUCUUCAGAUGGACAUGAAUUCAUAGUGAAGAGAGAACAUGCCUUGACAUCGGGAACUAUCAAAGCCAUGUUGAGUGGCCCUGGUCAGUUUGCAGAAAAUGAAACGAAUGAAAUUAAUUUUAGGGAAAUACCAUCUCAUGUCCUGCAAAAAGUGUGCAUGUAUUUUACAUACAAAGUGAGGUAUACAAACAGUGCAACUGAAAUUCCCGAGUUUCCCAUAGCUCCAGAGAUUGCAUUGGAACUACUCAUGGCAGCUAAUUUCUUGGACUGUUAGAUAUAGCAGUUGUUUAUGUGAAAGAAAAACAUCUUUGAAUUAGGAAGCUUUAAAACUCAAUUAAGGAUAAACAUCUAGUUUGCUGUGGAUUAGCUAUUGAUAUUUCUUUAUUGGUUAAAUUGUGUAGUUAGUGCACGUUCACACAUACAUUAUGAAGCAGUGCUUCAUUAAAAAAAACAGUUGUGCAUUCAACAGCAACAGAUUUUGUUGUUGAUUUAGUAACUUUCCGUUUUAAUAAAUUAAUGAGCUAAUGUGUUUGAUAUUUAAACAAAGAAAUAUAUGAAUCAUCUGAAAUAAGUAUUCAAAGUGUAUUGUACAAUAUCCUGUGCUGCUAUUUUAUUCAUCUUUUUGUAUAAAUCUCUCUUAAGCUCAGCUGUGUUCUCAUUUUUUCCUUUGAUUUUGGGGAGGGGAAUGGUAAAACAUUUAAAGCUGGUUUCUAUCAGAUUUUCACAUAGGGUGGCUAGAUCGAAAUCUUCUAUGACGUGAAAUGUAUUUUGUAAUUUAAAUUAUAAUUGACAUUUGGACAUCAAGGUAAAUCAAAGUUGUAAUAAUUGAAAGAAAAUGCAUUAAAAUCCUUAAAAACUCCGAUACCACAAGUUUUUGUAUUGUAUUCUGUUGUUACAUAAAUAGUGUAAGUUAUUGGGAUAUUUAUUCAAUGCCAAGUAUACUCUAGGGCUGGCAUUUUUACUAACUAGUAGACCUGAAAUGACUGUACCUUUGUUGACGUUUAAUAAAUGGAUUAUAAUAAACA